AUGUACCAGGCCAGGAAGCAGCAGCAACAGCAGCAGCAGCAGCAGCAGCAGCAACAACAUGCAGCGGGAGCGGCAGCAGUAGCAGUAGCACCAUGCAGCGGGAGCACCAUGCAGCAGCAGCACCCUGCAGCAGGGGCAGCAGUAGCACCAUGCAGCGGGCCACGAAGCAUCACCCAGACCACUCACCUCACGAGUCGGCACGUGACCGUAUCAGGUGAGCACGCGCCUGAGGCCCCACGUGAGGGAGGCGAGGUGACGAGGCGCACCUACCAGGUUACCUCCACCACCUGGGCACCUACAGGUACUUGCUUCACCUUGAAGGCAACGAGCGACUCAUUACUUCAGAGGCAGGAGGUGAGAGUUGCGGUGGGUCGUCAUCAGUCAUCAACAGCCACAGAGGAAAUGAGACAACAACAUAACUUGGUGUUACAGAAGAGCAGGAGUACAGGAGGCAGCAGGAAGACCAAUAGUACAGGAGGCAGCAGGAAGACCAAUAGUACAGGAGGCAGCAGGAAGAGCAGGAGUACAGGAGGCAGCAGGAAGACCAACAGUACAGGAGGCAGCAGGAAGAGGGAUUACAGGAGGCAGCAGGAAGAGCAAGAGUACAAGAGGCAGCAGGAAGACCAACAGUACAGGAGGCAGCAGGAAGACCAACAGUACAGGAGGCAGCAGGAAGACCAACAGUACAGGAGGCAGCAGGAAGAGCAGGAGUACAGGAGGCAGCAGGAAGAGCAGGAUUACAGGAGGCAGCAGGAAGAGCAGGAGCUAAGAGGCAGCAGGAAGACCAACAGUACAGGAGGCAGCAGGAAGACCAACAGCAGGAGGCAGCAGGAAGACCAACAGUACAGGAGGCAGCAGGAAGAGCAGGAGUACAGGAGGCAGCAGGAAGAGCAGGAGUACAAGAGGCAGCAGGAAGACCAACAGUACAGGAGGCAGCAGAAGAGCAGGAGUACAGGAGGCAGCAGGAAGAAGCUGUCGCAGUACUGUGAGAGGAUUAUAACUGAUACAAACUGCCUCUAUGGUCAGCUAAGGGCCAGGUUUUGA